AUGGCGGAUAGGCUAAGUAUUGGUAAAAGUAGCAAGAUUAGGGCUGAUGAGAUAUACAAAAAUUUAGUGGACAAGAAAUCCUGCAAAGGAAAGAAUGUGAAGUCGAUAUUAGCAGCGUGCUUGUUCGUUGCUUGUAAAGAGAGUAAAAUGCCGAGAACUGCCAAGGAAAUCUGCUGUGUUGCACAAGGGGUUUCCAGAAAAGAACUCAAUAAAGCUGCAGAUUUUAUCAAGAAGCAAACAGAGAUUGAUGUUAUUGCUACUGCCGGAUGUUUGAACGGAAGUGGGCUUGUGAGGCGGUUUUGUUCGAAUCUUGGCAUGAAAAAUAAAGACAUGAAAGCCGUACAAGAAGCUCUUGAAAAUUGUAAAGAAGUUGAUAUAAGGAGGAGUCCUUGUUCUAUCUUGGCUGCCAUUAUCUUCAUAAUCGCUCAACUUUCAGUCCUCGAGAUUCCUCUCCGAGAUAUUGUAAUGGCUUCUCAAGUUGCGGAACAGACAAUCAAGAAGUCGUAUAAGGAUAUUCAUCCUCACGCUUCAAGGGUAGUGCCGCGGUGGUACGCCAUGGAACAUGAUCUCAACAAACUCUGCAAACCUUAA